AUGUUUUCAACAACGAGGGGUGGGUGCGAGGUUCUCAUCGGGGGCCGGCCUGGUCAAAUUUACCGUCUCCCAUUGAAGCCCUUGCUGUUGCCACGCCCUCCUUCCUCCAUUCCGGAACAUAAGGAGAUCGAAGAUGAAGACGAGGACAUCGUCAAAAAAGAGUUGGGUUUGGAAGAAGAUGCUCGGUGCCUGGGCCUUGUCAACUUGCCCCAAAGUGGGUCUGUAGCAGCUGAUGAUGCAGCGAGCGCCGGUGACUUCGAAGAAUUCGGGCAAAGUGUGCCGGGCAUCUGUCUUCGUGAUGUGCUCAUGGAGAAACUGCCCAAGCAGGCAAGCGGACCAAGCGUUUGGUUUAUUUGCCCGCGGACUCCGUAUGGAACUUCACUGGCCAGUAAGGUAGAGCUUUUCUGGCGUCGGCAUUGUGGAAAAGCGGCCGCCAAACGUUUGUUGCCGGCUUUGACCGAGAAUGCCAUCGAGCGCCAGACUGUGAGGCAAGUGAAAGCGAUCGUGGCUUCCUCCACUGCAGCGCUGAAGCACGUUCGGGAGCUCCAAGGCAUGCAGCUGCGGACAGUGCUGCUGGUGCCGUGCAAAGAAGAUGCGGAACAUCAACUCAAGUUGGUCCAGCACAUUUCAGCUGCUGCUGAACUGGUGUUGUUGCCGCGUCAGGCCUUGGAACCAGACCGACAGAUGGUCACCAAACUGCAAGCAGCUGCUGGGCCUGCUCUUGCCGUGACGGUUCAUUGGGCCACUCCCGAAGGUCUCGAGCAGUACACGAUGCCACUCCAUGAUCGAUGCCGCUGGCGCCUGGUCGCAUAG